AUGGUCCUAGGUAUAUAUCUGAACUCUCCAAACUCAGACCAGGAAUCGCCAAUGAUAAUCGAAGACGAGAUUGGCCUGUUGACCCUUUCCACGGCGCCAAAGACGAUAUGGAAGCGAUCACUCAAGAUCAGUGAACUCUCACCUGAAUUUGAAUUAUCCAUCCCGACGUUGCCUUAUCCCACCAAAGGAGAAUGCAGUCAAUCCAGCUUGGGUUUACUCAACGUACCCUGCCUCGAAUCAAUUUCAAUGUCUCGUAUAACUUCAGCAGAAGGUGAAGGGAAGGAAGAUCCAUUUGGAUAUUCAGACAUCCUGUCUUCGUUCCCUUCCACCCGACGUCCAUCCGUCAUUGGGAUAGAUAUAGAUCUGGAUAUGUGGCAAUGCCCACCUUCACCUAUGUUACGUCCUACGAGCUGUCUACGAGAUUCUAUCGACGAUUUGUAUCUCUCUACAUAUUCACGGACUCCAAUUGAUAUGGAUAUGGAAGAAGAUAAUGAUGAUGAUUAUACGUCAGAAUCAUUUUUUGGUCAUUCCCCAUGUUCCCACCUCCAUUCCGAUCGUAUACCUGUAUUCGAAUCACCAAUAUCAGAUGUAGGAUCAGAAUCAAGCUUGGAAGAAUUGAUCAUAACGCCUUUUUCAGAUAUCUUAAAUCUACCUCAUCACCGUCACUACAUCCAGGAAAGUCAUCCUUCACAAUCCGAAGAUGUAGAAGGGGAAGGAUAUCCUCAACCCAGGUUCGGAAGUGGUAGUUACCCUGCUAGUCCGGACUGUAUAGGUCUAGGUAUCAACUUUGGUUCUCCUUCACCUUCCACUACUCUUUCUGGUCCUGGUCCUCGACGGGAAACCCUCCUUGAAGAUGUAUCUAUGCCAAUGCCAGCUCCAGUAACGAUCAGGUGUAAAUCAAUCGAUUGGUCAACAUUCCGUAUAAACCUCCUUUCCAACUCUGAUGACACCUCACGAACGUCGAAUGUAGAAGAAGGAACUAUAGAUAUAUACAUGUCGGAUAGAUCAGGGGGACUACAAAGUUCUCCUAUAUCUUAUGACAGUCCUCUAUGUCGGAAUCAAUUGUGUAGCGUGUAG